UCAUUACAACUAUUGGGUCAAAAUCUGAUUCAAAAUCUUGAAUUUAAACACAUUUAGAUUGCAGCCUCAAUAGCUUUUUGCAUUUUUGGAAAAGGGGUUGAUCAAAUAUAUUGAAAGUGUUUUCGGGUUACUUCCGUAGCGAAACAUGGGUUGUUUUUCGUGUUUUCCGAGACAAGAAAAGAAAGGGAACAUGAACCUUUUUUUGUGUUUUUCAACCGAUGGUUCGACAGAAGGAAAGAGGCAAAACAUGAACAGUUUUUCAAGUUUUUCGACGGAGGGAAAGAAAGGGAAGAUAGAUUCAUGUUUUACAACACAAGGUUCGCCAGACGGAAAGAAACGAAGCAGGAAUUGUUUUUCGUGUUUUCAAAGCCGAGAAGGAAAGACACGAAAGAAGAAUUGUUUUGCAUGCUUCCAGGCACAAGAUUCGACACAAAGGAAGACGAGAACAAUGAAAUGUUUUUCGUGUGUCCAAACUCAAGAUUCUACACAAGGAAAGACACGAAAGAUGAAUUGUUUUACAUGUUUUCAGGUACAAUACUCGAAACAAGAAAAGAAACACAAGAGACGAAUAAAGAGGCGUAACAUCAAGUUAUUUCCCAAAAAACGAAAGAAAGAUUCUACAACAGAGAAAACCCGAAAAACAAAAUCUUCUUCGUGUUUUCCCGUUCAAAGAAAGAUAAGAUGUAAAUGGCUGAGAAGGGGAAAAGGAAAACGACGACACACACCUCUUCUUCCAUUUAAGAAUACGAAAAGGGUAUUGCCCGAGGUCACAAUCCAAGACGUCGUUUUCCCGUUAGCUAAAAGAAACAAGUAUGCUAACAACAAUGUAGAAGCCAGAAACUUCACCUUUAAGGAAUUAGCUAUAGCAACAAAGAACUUCAAAGAAGAAUGUGUUCUCGGGGAAGGAGGUUUCGGACGGGUUUACAAGGGAAAACUUGAAAAAACCGGCGAGAUUGUAGCGGUAAAGCAGUUAAAUCGGGAAGGGAAGCAAGGAAAUGGGGAAUUUCUUGUGGAGGUUAUGAUGUUAAGCCAUCUUAGUCAUCAACACUUGGUAAAGCUAGUCGGAUAUUGUUCGGAAGGAGAUCAAAGACUUCUUGUAUACGAGUAUAUGCACGCCGGUUCUCUGGAAAACCAUCUACUAGACCUUUUGCCUGGGAAGCCGCCACUUGAUUGGUCAACAAGGAUUAAAGUUGCCUUGCACACGGCACAAGGUUUAGAAUAUUUGCACGAGACUAACAAACCGCCCAUUAUCUAUCGUGACCUAAAGUCAUCCAACAUACUGCUUGACAAGGAUUUUAACGCAAAGUUAUCUGAUUUCGGGCUAGCCAAGAUAGGUCCGGUCGGUGAUAAGGCACAUGUCACAUCAAGGGUGAUGGGAACAGUUGGAUAUUGUGCACCCGAGUAUCAAAGGACAGGUAGGUUAACCGUAAAAUCAGAUAUUUACAGCUAUGGGGUCGUGUUGUUGGAACUCAUUACAGGAAGGAGAGCCGUUGAUUUGACAAGGAAAACCGAAGAGCUACAUCUCGUCCGUUGGGCGGAAACAAGGAUCAAGGACCCAAAGAAAUACUCUGAACUGGUUGAUCCACUUCUUGAUGGACAUUACCCACGGGCCAGUUUGAGCCAAGUGUUAGCCAUAGCAGCCAUGUGUCUCAGUACAGAUGCAUCGGUCCGCCCAUCGAUCAGCGAUGUGGUUGCCGCCCUUGAUUCCCUUGUGCAGGAUCCAAUACCAUCAAAAUGACCGUUCUGCCCCUCGGCGCAUUGCCUUUGUAGACAUUUAAGUAACAAAAAUAGGGGUCGUUUAAAUGGUCGUCACAACCAACUUUUUGAAAAUGGGGAGUUGACAAAUUGAUUGUACGAUAUUCCAAACACAAACACAAACACGCAGUUAAUAAAGGACAGAUAUGUUCCGUGUA